GUGAAACCUCAUGAAAACACGGACACAAUGGCGGGAGUGAAGAUCAAGUUCAAUGGUUAAUGUUAACGGUUAUAUGACCACUCUUUAACCAGCCGUGAAUUAAAGUUCACAUCGAAGCUUCACAACCCUCGCUGGAGCUUGAAGUGCACAUGCCAACAUGUCCUUAACACGAGUGUUGAAGAGACUGAGUGUAUCUGUGCUCUGGAAACAAGGUUUGAAGAGUCUGGGAGGAAGACUACAGCACACUGAUGCUCAGUCAUCUGCAUUCAACUAUCAGCUGCUGUCUGACUGCCUGGAGCUCAACUAUGGUGGUCUUGUAAUGCACUUCGACUAUGUUUGGCUGAGAGAUCACUGCCGUUCAGCUUCAUGCUACAACUCAAAGACCAACCAGCGUAACCUGGACACGGCCGGCAUCGACCUGGACAUCCGGCCCUCAAAGAGCCGAGCCGACGAACACCAGCUGUUCCUGACCUGGCCAGAUGGUCAUGUGACGCGCUACGGCCUAGCAUGGCUAGCGCAGAACAGCUACGAGGGCCAGAAGAGAAGUGCCAUGCAACCGCGUGUGCUGUGGGACGCUGAUAUCUACGCCAGCGCUCGGGCUCCCAGUGCAUGCUGGGAGAAGUUCAUGAGCUGCGACGAGGAGCUGAAGAUCUUCCUCAACUGCUUCUUGCUUUAUGGAAUAGCCUUCGUCGAAGGCGUCCCCCCGACCCUUGAAGCCACAGAAGCAGCGACCCGAAGAGUGAGCCUCAUCAGAGAGACCAUGUAUGGGCGGAUGUGGAACUUCACUUCAGACUUUUCUCGUGGAGACACAGCCUACACAAAGCUGGCACUGGACCGCCACACCGAUACCUCAUACUUUCAAGAACCCUGCGGCAUCCAGGUGUUUCACUGUCUGAGGCAUGAAGGCACGGGGGGCCGGACUCUCCUGGUGGACGGUUUCCACGCCGCGGACGCGGUCCUCCAGCGGACGCCCGGGAACUUCGAGCUGCUGUCCCACGUGCCGAUCAAACACGAGUACGUCGAGAACCUGAGCGAGCACCGCAACCACAUGAUCGGCAUCGGGCCCGUGCUCAACGUGUAUCCCUGGAACAACGAGGUCUACAUGAUUCGGUAUAAUAACUAUGACCGCUCUGUGAUGAACACAGUGGCUCAUGAUGUGGUGCGGCGCUGGUACGCAGCUCACAGGGAGCUCACCGCAGAACUGAGGAGACCCGAGAACGAGCUGUGGGUCAAACUCAAGCCCGGCAAGGUUCUGUUCAUCGAUAACUGGCGUGUUCUGCACGGCAGAGAGUCGUUCACGGGCCUGAGGCAGCUGUGCGGAUGCUAUCUGACCCGGGACGAUGUGCUGAACACGGCCCGCUCUCUGGGACUCCACGCCUGAAUGCUCGA